AUGGUGUACGUGUUGGCCAAAUGGUGGUGGAGAUUUAAAUCAGAGAAGUCGGGUUUAUGGCGCAGAAUCGUGUGGGCAAUCCAUCAAAAGGCUAGGACGUGGAACGAUGUCCCGGUAAAAAAUGCAAUGUCAGGUCCGUGGAGGAAUAUUUACAACAUCAGUCAACCUUUAUUAGAAGCUAAUAUUGAUCUAAAAGGGGCUAUAACGUCAGUAGUUGGUAAUGGGCAGAAUACAUACUUUUGGUUAGACACUUGGACUGAACUGGGUCCAUUUUAUUUGCUGUUUCCGGAUUUGUUUAAAAUGGAGGUUCACAAGGAUUGUUUGGUAGCAGAAAGGUGGACUACUUCAUCAGCUGGGCCUGCUUUUAAUUGGGCCUGGGUUGUCACAGACCUCGGUCAAGUCGCUGAAGACCAGUUGCAGCAAAUGUUGGUGGUACUGAAUAACCGAUCCCGGUCGAUGGCUCCGGAUUCAUGGAUUUGGCAGCAUGAAGCGAAUGGGUCGUUCAGCGUUGCAAGCAUUAAAAGGGUGCUCGGAUCUGUUGGUCGUACAAGAACCGAUAAAGUGUUUGAAUGGAAUAGCUGGGUCCCAAAAAAGAUCGGAAUAGUAGCUUGGAGGGCAGAGAUGGAAAGAUUACCGACAAAGUGCGCACUGGCUAGACGUAAUGUAGCAGUUCCGGAUAGGUGGUGUGUCCUCUGUGGCGAAUAUGAAGAAACAUGUGAUCAUCUGUUUGUAUCGUGUCAUUACUCACAAUCGAUUUGGCAAAACUUAGCGUCUUGGUGCAGGCUCCAGCCGAUUAUAGCAUUUGGUAUGAAUGAUCUACUGACGCUUCAUGCGUCCAGCUUGGGCCCGAGGAAAAGAAAGACUAUCCAGGCAAUAGUUCUGGUGGCCUUUUGGAGUAUCUGGAAGGUAAGAAACGAGGUGGUAUUCAGACAGGCGGUCCCAAAUUUUACACGCACACUUGAUGAGAUAAAAUCGAUGGCGUACUUAUGGAUUAAAAACCGGUCUAAGGCGGUCUCGUUAACGUGGGAAGAUUGGAGUCGGUUUAAUUUAACAUCUAUGUAA